UGUGUGUGCAUUGAGAGUGUGUGUGUGUGUGUGGGCACUGAGUGUGUGUGUGUGUGUGUAGGAUGGGCCCCAACUCGACGUCUAAAUAUGACUCCAUUCCCUCUACUAACUGUCCCUUCCAGUCCCAUGUGUAGAGUGUGUGUGUGUGGUGUAUGGAAUGCUGCGCUGCCUAACCCUAACCCCAUCUACUCUACCUUUUAACCCUCUCCAGAUGACAAAGAAAGUCCUGAGACUGCACUGGGAGAAUUACUAUGAGAGCGAAGCGGACUGCUUCACAGUGGAAGGGGAGGACCUGAAGCAUGACUUUGAGAGACUGCAGCUGGCCAUGGAGAUGGUGGGAUUCCUGCCUGCCACGCGCAAACAGAUAUUUUCUCUGUUGUCGGCCAUUCUUCACCUGGGGAACAUCCGCUACAAGAAGAAGACCUACCGAGAUGACUCCAUUGACAUCUGCAAUCCAGAAGUCCUACCUACUGUCUCAGAACUGUUAGAGGUCAAGGAGGAGAUGCUAUUUGAAGCCCUGACGACGAGGAAGACCAUGACAGUGGGAGAGAGGCUGAUCGUGCCCUACAAACUGGCUGAGGCGGGCACGGUGCGAGACUCCAUGGCCAAGUCCCUGUACAGCGCACUGUUUGACUGGAUUGUGUUCCGGAUCAACCACGCACUGCUCAACAACCGGGACUUGGAGGAGAGCGCCAAGGUAAGACCAACACCCAGUCCAAUUCCCACACCGCCCCAACAGAUGACGCGUUCUCUGUUGCACUCCACACUGCCCUUUCCCACCUGGACAAAAGGAACACAUGAGGAGUACAGGGCGGAGGGCAUCAGCUGGCACAACAUUGACUACAUCGACAACACAGGCUGCAUCAACCUCAUCAGUAAGAAGCCCACUGCGCUGCUCCACCUGCUGGAUGAGGAGUCCAACUUCCCCCAGGCCUCUAACCAGACUCUGCUGGACAAGUUCAAGCGGCAGCAUGAGGGCAACGGCUACAUUGAGUUCCCCGCCGUCAUGGAGCCCGCCUUCAUCAUCCGCCACUACGCCGGCAAGGUCAAAUACGGGGUCAAGGACUUCCGGGAGAAGAAUACGGACCAUAUGCGUCCGGACAUCGUGGCCCUACUGAAGAGCAGCAAAAACGCCUUCGUCUGUGGCCUGAUGGGCAUCGACCCCCCAGCCACCUUCCGCUGGGCUGUCCUCAGAGCCUUCUUCAGAGCCAUGGUGGCUUUCAGGGAGUCUGGGAAGAGACACGUACACAGGAAGACUGGGCAUGAUGCCGCUGCUCCCUGUGCAGUUUUGUGCAGUGUGGAUAGUUUUAGCUUUCUGCAUCACCCUGUGCAUCAGAGAAGUUUAGAGAUCCUGCAGAGGUGCAAAGAGGAGAAGUACAGUGUGGUCAGAAAGAGUCUACGAACACCGCUGUCGGACCUGCAGGGCAGCAACACGCUCAACGAGAAAUCUCCACGGGAUGGUGUGGGCUGGAAUGGGCGUGGUGGGCGUCAGAGCCGCCUGUCAUCCAGCGGGUCCAACACGGAAGAGGACGGAGGAAUUUUUGUCAACUCCACCAGCAGCAAGCUCCUGGAGAGAGCCCACGGCAUCCUCAUGAGAAACAAAAACUACAAAUCAAAGCCCAGUCUUCCAAAGCACUUGCUUGACGUCAAGUCCCUAAAGUAUCUCAGCAACCUGACGCUGCACGACCGCAUCACCAAGUCCCUCCUCCACCUCCACAAGAAGAAGAAACCACCCAGUAUCAGUGCUCAGUUCCAGGCCUCUCUCAAUAAGCUGAUGGAGACUCUGGGCCAAUCAGAGCCCUACUUUGUCAAAUGCAUCCGUUCUAAUGCAGAGAAGCUGCCCCUGCGCUUCAACGAGGGCCUGGUGCUCAGGCAGCUCCGCUACACGGGUAUGCUGGAGACCGUGCGCAUCCGCCAGUCAGGCUACAGCAUCAAGUACACCUUCCAGGAUUUCAUCCGCCACUUCCGCGUACUGCUACCCGAGGGCACCAGUGCCACCCAGGAAGGCAUCGGACAGUAUCUGGGCCAGGUGGACCUUGCACCUGAUGGAUACCAAGUUGGCAAAACCAUG